AUGGAGGACAAGGAAGCCAUUGACCAGCUGAUGAAAGACCUGGACCUGCUGCACAGACAGAAUAUGGCCCCCAAACCCAAACUUGAGAUGAGUCUUAGCCUGGCAAGAGAUGCGCUCAACCUCCAUGAUCGUUAUGAGGAUCUCAAGCCCUCCUUCAAGACUUCUGAAUUCUGCAAGGCUACUCACGAAGCCAACUUGGCUGAUUUUGCAAAGCAGAUGGCAGAACUGGACCAGAUGGUGGCAGGAUACAAGGAGGCUAAGUCCACUGCAGAAAAGCUGGAAAAACAAAUUGAGGAGCUGCAGAAGCAAUUGGCAGAAUGCAGGGAGGUGCAGCACAGGCUCGGACCAAGGCUACUUCCCUUGUGCAGAGCAUGGUUGCAGCUUCCAGGCCAACUUUGGAAAUUGCAAAGGCUUCAAUCCACCAGGGGUUUUGGCUUCAUGAUGAACAAUUUGCCAUCUGGAAGGCCCCAUGGCUAUUUAUUCUAA